AUGGGCGCAGUCACUAAAGAGAUGGAAAAACACAACACAAACAUUCGACGCGACAGGGUGGGUAUUAACCGAGACCAGGCGAUCGUGGAAAGAUUGAACCGCACCCUUGCUGAGCGGCUGUUCGGACACCAGUAUGCUUUCGAAAUUCGGCUGCCCGAGGGCCUUCUGCCUCGAGGGCCUUCUGUGGUCUCCGCCCUGAACGGCGAAGUGACUCGCUUGACUGGCAAAAAACCUGCUGAAGCCACCAAAGAAAAGGCCGUUUAUUCAAAAACCUGCGACUUCUUACCACAGACCUGUCGGGAUGAACGAAAAACGGCUCCCCUCUGCGGCGGUUGGAGUCAUCUCUACAAACCCGAUGAGCUUGAAGGCGAAAGGAAAGUGUACCAUAUCGAAAAACCCAUCACCAAACCCAAUGAGCCGAUUUUGUAUUAUUUGUAUAAUGGCCACAAACGGGGCUUCGUUCGCGAGGAACUUCUUGUUGUGCCUGCCAACACCGAGCUGCCACUCCACUUAUAG